GAACCUGGUGUGCAGCCUGCAGUCGCAUUAAUGCGAUUCCGUUGAAGCAGCCGCUGGCAGGUGGAUAAAAAAACAUCGCACGCACGAUUCGUGAGAUUUCAUAACGGUAACGCCGAUGGCGCGCCUAAGUAGGCAGCUUUGUAAUAAUCCGGCACUGGCAGCAGUUAUCAUAAACGUCAUGGCCGCAGCCAUCGCAAGCGAGGAAUGCGGGACCCCUUUGGCGCUGAGCCCGGUCGACAUCAGUCGCACCGACAGCGGCCACGCAUUGCUAGCAGCAUUCCGCGGCGUCGGCGCGGCCGCUCUCGUCGACCACGGUGUCGACGUCGACGCGACGCUGGCCGCGGGCCGCGCCCUCUUCGAGAAGACGCGCGCGGCGACGAAGCGGCGGCUCGACGCAAAGGGAAGCCAACGCGGCUUCCUGCCGCGCGGCGCCGAGGCCGGCGCGCUGGGCUUGCGGGAGGCGAAGGAGGGCUUCGCGUUCGGCGCGACGGGGAAUCGGUGGCCGUGGAGGACGAGCGCGAGGGUGGUUCUGGAAACGGCCCACGCGAACCUGACGCGCGCGGCGCGGCGCGUCGUCGCAUUGGCGGUCGCAGCUGGCGCCACGCGCCUGGAGGACUGCUGCGCGGGCGACGCGACGGAGGAAGCGCUCUCGCGGCUGUUCGCGUACGAGGCCUACGAGGAGGGCUUCACGGGCUCCAGUCCGCACACGGACUGGGGACUGCUCACGUUAGUCGUCGCAGACGACGUCGCGGGCGGCUCCCUCGAAUUCGACGACCAUGGCGUAUGGAGGAAAGCGUCAGCGCCAAAGAAUGCGCUGAUCGCAAACGCGGGAGACUUUAUGGCGCUCGCCGCGGACACGGCAUCGCCGUUCCACCGAGUCGUCCUCGGGCCGGAGAAGCGCCUGUCGCUGGUUUUUUUCUUCUAUCCGGACUCUAAAACGCCAAUACCGCCGGCGACCGAGUCGCAAAGGCGAACCCUGAGUCUAUUGCAGUGCCAGGCCGAGUCGUGUCCCGCGGCGCGGCCCGACACGUUCGGAGCGCUCAUAGCCUCGAAAUGGCGGGAGGUGUCUCGCUCGUAAUGUAUGUUGC